CCAUCCUCUCUCUUUCCCAGCCUCUGCUCCUAUCCAUUCGCCUCCCUCCUUCCUCUGCUCUGCCCCCGGCACCCCGCGCCGCUGUCUCCCACCCUGCUUGCUCCCUGUGAUUUCGCCCCCGUCAAGCCUCCACCGUCCUCGUCUUCCUCCCCGAUCUGCUGCCGCCGCCUUUGCGGAACCACGACCUUCACCGGCGCCCGUGGGGAAAGAGGAGCCGGCCACCACCACCAAGACAGAGCUAGCUGGUCACACUCAUUGGGAAACAGAUAUAUAUGGCUCUCAAGACUCUGCAACUUCCGUAUAAUUCAGCAAGGCCAAGCAGCUACAGCUUCAGUCCAUCCUCGCCUUGUUACCAGCCAAAGCUUCCACCAAGACUUGACACAAGGGCUGCCGUGACCGUGAAGAAGCACCAGAAGAGAACCACGUCAGUCCUGAAAUGCAAAGCCGAUCUGCACGGCUGCAUGGACGAGGUUGUUCAGAACCCCAAAGACCAGAUCACUGAAAUCCCAAUUGUUAUGUACCCAUCAGUUGUCUUCCCGGGUGCGACCCUUCAGCUGCAGGAGUUCGAGUUCAGGUACCGCAUCAUGAUGCACACCCUUCUUCAGCAAGGCCUCAAGUUUGGGGUCAUCUACUGCGGCAAGAACGGCAGGAUGGCAGAUGUUGGUUGCAUCGUCCAUGUCAUCGAGUGCGAGAGGCUCAUCGAUGACCGGUUCUUCCUCACCUGCGUAGGAAAAGACCGCUUCAGGGUCAUGGAGAUCGUCAGGACAAAGCCCUAUGUUGUUGCAAGGAUCCAGGUGCUGAACGAACAGCCCAGCUUAGAGCCCCAGGAUGACCUGGGGAGCCUCAUGCAGCAGGUGGAGCAGCACCUUGAGAAUGUGGCCAUGCUUUCAGACAAACUGAACCUGAAACUGAGGGGAGACCUUAAGGCCGAGCAACUCUGCAGGAUGCACUCUGCUGCCUCUUUCUCAUUCCUCAUCGCGCGAUUAUUUAUUGAUGAUCACUUGGAGCGGCAGACGCUGCUGCAGAUGAAUGACACCACCCAGAGGUUGGCACGGGAGGGGAUGUACCUGGAGCGCAGGAGCAAGUACCUGGCGGCCAUUGCAGCGAUUAAGGAUGCCUUUGAUCACCUGUCCUGCAAUGAGAAGUAGAAUCUACCUUCGCACUUUUGAAGUGUGAUAAUGCUACUAACUAGAUAUGCGGAGCAAUAAGCGAUCAGACUAUGUCAUGGUCAUAGGUUUCCUUUUAAUCUUGAAGCUUCUGCUACUUCUGUGUACAGUGUACAUUAGGAAAGGGGACCGCGCGCCCUUGUUGGCCCUACGUGUGGUCGUGCUGUGCUCUUAUUUGCUUGUUGGGCAUUGUGGUGUUUGCUCCAUGUUUAGUUUUUGUAUGAGAACCGGAAGUUCUGUGGCUCUACAUGUUUACCUUUUAAUCUGGGUAUGAGAACCGGAAGUGCAAAACUUGAAGUAGCAGGAUCAGUUCUGUGCUGAGGCAGGCUUUGUUCCGGCUGAGUUGAUGUUA